AUGGCUCGUGGAAAAGGAACCGCGAGGAAGAAGCAGUCGGUACGCGAUAAGGAGCUUUCCAAGAAGCCGAUAGCAGGAACGCCCAAAUCUAUGGUCAUUCGUAUUGGCGCGCAGGAAGUAGGAAGAUCUGUGUCAGAUCUCGUAAACGAUGUGCGCCACUGCCUGGAGCCCGAUACCGCUAUUCGGCUGAAGGAGCGAAGGGCGAAUAAGCUCAAGGACUUCCUUGUCAUGUGCGGACCGCUCGGUGUCAGCCAUCUUCUCCUCUUCUCCCGCUCAGAAGUCGGAAACGUCAACCUCAGACUAUGCCGCGUCCCCCGCGGACCUACCCUCCAUUUCCGAGUCGAAAACUACAGUCUCUGCAAAGACAUUCUCAAGUCAAUGAGACGCCCACGGGCUGGCGCAAACGACUUCCUAGUUGCGCCUCUGCUGGUGAUGAACAACUUCCUUACCAGCGAUGCGGAAAGAGAACGACUCGGCGACAAGGCACCUCCUAAGCAUCUCGAGAAGCUUGUGACAGACAUGUUCCAGGGCUUGUUCCCGCCCAUCCAACCACACACUACCCCUCUACACUCGAUCAAGCGCGUCCUCCUGCUCAACCGUGAGCCUCCCUCAGAGGAGAAUGGCUCUGUUACAAUCAGCCUGCGACAUUACGCAAUCACAACGAAGGUCACAGGCGUACCGAAAGCCAUCCGCCGGUUAUACGCAGCUGAGAAGCUCAUUGGCAGCAAAGAGAAGAAGAAGAGCGCACUUCCCAACCUGGGCAAGCUCGAGGACGUCGCAGACUACAUGCUCGACCCCUCAGCCGCCGGCUACACAUCCGCCUCGGACACGGAACAAGACACCGACGCCGAAGUCGAAGUCGCGCAACCCGUCCGCCAAAAAGUCCUCUCCCGCAAAGAAAAAGAAAAGCUAAAAGCCGGCGACGAAACCUCGCACGCCCGCGCCCGCGGCUCAAAACCCCGCGUCGAGAAGCGCGCCGUCAAGCUCGUUGAACUGGGCCCGCGCAUGAAGCUGCGCCUCACAAAAGUCGAAGAAGAUGUCUGCGGCGGCAAGAUCAUGUGGCAUGAGUACAUCAAGAAGAGCAAGAAGGAGGAGCAGGAGUUGGAGAAGAAGUGGACACAGAGGAAUAAGGAGAAGGAGGAGAGGAGACGUGUUCAGAAGGAGAAUGUGGAGAAGAAGCGGAAGGAGAGGGCUGCUGCUAGGGGGGAGACUGGGGAGGGUGAGGGAGAAGGCGAAGAGGAUGAGGAGAUGGAUGAUGAUCUUUUGGAUGCGUAUGACAUGGAUGAUGAUGUUUGGCAGGAUGCUGCUGAUGCUGGGGAGGAAGAGGAUGAAGAUGAGGACGAGGAGAUGGAGGAUGAGUGA